ACUAGAGAAGCAGAAGCUUAGUUUUAAAAAGAGAUUAUUAUCAUCUGAAUCUUACCUACAUUCGAUUAUCAUUAUUGUUAUUAUUAUUUACAGUCAUGGUAAUAAAGCUUGUUGAUUGUCGGUGCUGGAGUUUAGGUGGAGGACUUCUAUUCUGACGGUGUUUUUCUCUAACGUAAAUAAAUAUAACCUAAAUAGCUGAAUCCAAAGGUUUAUCGUACAGUGACUAUCUAGUGUGUAAAUCUUAAUGAUAAAUAAUUAUUAAAUAAAAGCUAAUCAUGUCAAACACUAGAUUUUUUAUGUACUUCGCUUUUGGAAGUAAUUUACUGAAGGAGAGGCUGCAGUUGCAAAAUCCAUCAGCAGUGUUUUAUUGUGUGGGGAAACUCAAGGGUUACGUACUUAAAUUUGGACUGUGGGGAGAGAAUGUAACCAGCAGGUGGAAUGGUGGAGUGGCUACAAUUGAAGAAUGUCCAGAUGAUGAUGUCUGGGGUGUAGUGUGGAAAAUGGCAAACAAGGACAUCACAACUUUGGAUAAACAGGAGGGGGUGGACAAAGGUGUCUACAGCCCUAUGGAAGUGACCGUAGACACAGAAAGUGGGCCACUUCUCUGUAGGACAUACAAGAUGAACAAUGUGAAACCCUGUCUUCCUUCCCCUCAGUAUAAACAGGUUGUAUGUUUAGGAGCCCAACAGAAUGGAUUACCUGAAGAGUAUGUAAAGAAGCUACAGGCACUGGAGACCAACAACUAUACUGGACCUUCCAUAUUAGAUGACAUUAGAGAACGCAAGGCGUAAACUCUGUGUGUGGAAAAUUAAUUAAUUAAUUGUGAAAAUAAAACAGUAGCAGAGUGGCAGUGCUUGAAGGUACUCAGUGAUGAUGUGAUUGUUUUCUUGUAUUAAUGACGAAUAAUUUUGCUGUGAUAAAUUAUUAAAAUGUUUUAAUAAACAUAAAGCUGUAAUGAUUA